AGCUAUUGCAUAGCUUCUAUCGCAGGCCUUGAGCGCGGGGACUAAAUCCAGAAAUUCCGUAACGAAAAAACCUCACGCUCGCCGUGCAUCGUCUAACGUCGUGUCAGUUCGGCAGUCUUCGCCACGGCGCUGUGUGUCGUGCGAUUAGACGUAUUGUACGACUGGUUGGUUGUCAUGGACUAUGGAGAACAAAAAUAACAGAUGUGUCAGAUACUGUACAAUACUAAUAAAAUAUUUUAAUCCGCUUGUGAUAUUAUUUUGAACAUCUACAACGCCAUUGUUUUGUUUUGAUGAGUUGGUACAUCCAGGAAUGCAACAAUGCAUUAUUAUUACGUAUACAAAUAUGUAUAAUCACCAAUUUUUUCACUUGUCAAAUUAUGUUUACAUAAACGUAAAUGGUAAAUGUCAAAUAUUAAACUGGGGUAAAACAUUCAAAUUUAUGACACCAGUUGGCAGCACCAUCGAUGUGCACGUUCCCUAUAGGUGUUUAUGUAUUUAUCUACAACAAUGAACGGCUAGGCGGCUGUAUUUGUAAAAUUUGUGUAUAAAGUGUUUUGAAUAUGAAUGAACAAAGUGCAUUUAUUAUUAAUGAAGAAAGUCACGAAAAAAUAGUGAAAGAAGACGAAUAUUUUCGUUUUAUAGAGAAGAAAAGCGUAAAGAGCUAAAAAGAAAAAAGACUAAUGCACGUCAAAGGGCAUAUUAUCAGCGUCAGAAAGAUUUGAAAAUAAAUGCAGGAAUAAUAAAAAAAACAGUACCAAAAUCAAAUGCUGAACGUCAAAGGAAAUUUCGUCAACAUAAUGCAGAAAAAUCAUACAUGUAUAGAACAUUUUAAUAUAAAACGAGCCUUUGCGCCGAACGCGGCGUGUCUUCUUAAAGAUGGGACGUCGCCGGAUGCAAUCUUACACGAAAAAUAUCAUAAAAUGAACUUCUUGGAUAACUUCGAUCCAGAAACUUCUGCUCGAGAAAGACGCAAGCUAAAUCGCAAAAGCUAUUUUAUGAAGCGCAAAAGCAAAAAUAUAUAUAAUGAACGUGGUCUAAUAACUGUAACUGGCAAAGAUUUAUGUGAUUGUUUAGAUGAGACAUGCCCUGGGUGUCACUUUCCAUGUUCGAAAUGCAAUUCCAAUAAAUGUGGACUUGAAUGCAGAGUAAAUAGAAAAUGGAUGUAUGACAAAAUAGAAAUUGAGGGAAAUGAUUUUGUUGUAAAAAAUGAUUAUAAACAUAAAUAAUUCAAAGGGUAAAAUUUAAAAAUGGUAUUUCAAUCAUUGGCUAGAAGUUUGAAGAAGUAUUCUACUUCAUUUUCACCAUCUUCAGGCAAAUCAGUACAGUGGACAGCAUUAUGUACUAUAGUCUUCCCAUAUUGAGCUCUUAUGGAAUCUGGAUACAAUUGACGACAUAGAUCCUGUAAUUUGAACGUCAUUUUCAAAUAAAUCAGAUAACUAUGUACU